ACCGAACAUCCGGCGCCGUUUGAAAAAAUAAAAUAAUAUACAUUGGUUCAGCACCUGUCCUGAUGUACUACUAGAGACAUCUAUUCUAUAUGUGAUGCCACGGCACAGUAAAAUUCAGCUUCAAGUCCUCAGUCUUUACAGACAAUUCCUGAGAGUAACUAAGGACAAACCCGGAUUUCAUGAAAGUAUAAGAAAUGAAUUCAAGAAAAAUGCCUCAAUUCCUAGAAAGCAGACAAUGCAAAUUGAAUAUUUAAUACGUAGAGGACAGAAUCAAUUAAAAGUUUUCCAGAGCCCUCAAGUUAAAGGAAUGGGCGUCUUCGUUAAUGAGGAAAAGUAAACUUUGCAAGGACAUUGAAUAGGCGAGUAAAGCAUUAUGGCACUGAGACAAAUUUUUGGGAAGGUAAUGGAUCGUUUUCCAACCACACGUUUAGCUUUCGCUUAUGGCUCUGGAGUUUUCCAGCAAAAAGGCCACAAGGAUAUGUCAAAAAAUAUUUUGGAUUUUAUAUUUGUUGUGGAUGAUCCCAUUGUUUGGCAUCAACAAAAUCUAGUUAAAAAUGCUCAGCAUUAUUCAAUACUAAAAAGGCUUGGUGCAAAAGGAAUCACAUCUAUCCAAGAUAACUAUGGUUCUGGAGUAUACUUUAACACGUUAGUACCAUGCGAAGGAAGGAUUAUCAAAUAUGGCGUAAUUGGCACAAAGAGGUUGAUCACAGACCUGUUAGAAUGGGACACAUUGUAUGUUAGCGGGCGUCUUCAUAAACCUGUGCUUCUAUACCAGUACACAGAUGAAAUAGGCAAGGAGCUAACACAUGCCAUCAAUAACAACCUAGGGAGUGCAGUCCAUACUGCAUUGCUGCUCUUGCCUGAGACAUUCACUGAACUGGAACUGUAUAUGACAAUAACUGGACUCUCGUAUGGUGGCGAUUUUCGUAUGAUUGUUGGUGAAGAUAAGAAUAAGGUGCGUAACAUUGUUGAACCAAAUAUCGAGCAUUUCCGUAGCCUUUAUCAGCAUAUUUUGAGCAAGCAUGAGAAGUUGUGGUGGCGUGCUAAUGAUGGCGUUUAUGAGCAACAUAUCACGCAUGUCAGCCAGUAUGAACAUAUGGAUGCUCUACCACUAUGCCUCAUACAAGGUAUGGUCAGGCACUUCAAUAAAACUGGCAAGAAUUUAGAUGUCGAAGAAGUAUUACGCAUUCUAGCUCAGGAUACACAUAGUGAUGACAUCAUCAAAUCCGCCCUGCGUAAGAUAGUUCAGCGCUCUAGUUUGACACAGAGUAUCAAAAGUAUCUUUACAGCAGGGACCAUGAAGUCGAUCAAGUACAGUGGAAGUAAAUUGAAAAAAAUGUUUAAAAGCAAAUGAUGUUAAUCGGAAUAGGAAAAUAUUCUAGAGAAUAAGUUAAUGUGUACAACAUAUGUGAUCAAAUGUGAUACUGUUUUUAAUGUUUUGUGUGUAAAAUUACUUUGAUGAGG